AUGGAAGCUCUCUCAUUUCAAAGCUUACUUCAACUCCCAUCUACUCUCAGAACUCCAAGUUAUGUUGAGCAACCUAAGAACACUGUGGCUAAGAACUUGGAUGAAAGACUUCACUCACCGACAGCCAAAAGAUUACCAAGAAGGCUGCUUUUGCAGUUUAUGGGAUUCUGUCCAAUCCUUUCACAUCCUGUUUUUGCUGCACCAAUGCCAGAGAUGAAGGAACCUCAAGUCAUUCGGACCUUAAAGCUUCCCAGCGGUGUGAGGAUUCAAGAGAUUGUUGAAGGGCAAGGCUCAGCAGCCAACGAAGGAGAUUUGGUUGAAAUUAACUAUGUAUGCAGGCGCACAAAUGGAUAUUUUGUUCAUAGCACUGUAGAUCAAUUCAGUGGAGAAAGCACACCUGUGAUACUUCCUUUGGAUGAAAAACAGAUUAUAGCAGGCUUGAAGGAGGUUCUAGUUGGCAUGAGGAUUGGCGGAAAGAGAAGAGCAUUGAUACCUCCUUAUGUGGGUUACAUAAAUGAAAACUUAAAACCAAUUCCUGAAGAGUUUGGCCCUAGACGCAGCCUUUUGUCUCAUGUAAACGAGCCUUUGAUAUUUGAGGUGCAGCUCUUGAAAGUGCUAUGA